AUGUCGGAUUAUUCAACACGCUUAAGGAGCAUCCUUGGAAUCUCCCGGUCGACCCCGGCCGCACCACUCAGUGCCUCAGAAAGGCGUGGACCGCCGAUUCGGACGGCCAAAUCGACGCUAGAAGACCUUGGAUUUUUAGUACUCGCUCCUGGAAUUCACCCUAUUGUCGAUAUCAUAGCAAUUCAUGGUUUGGAGGGUCACAGAGAGCACACAUGGGUCGCAGAUAAUGGGGUCCUGUGGCUGCGUGACUUCCUGCCCGGCGACUUGCCCAAUGCGCGGGUCCUCACAUAUGGUUAUGAUGCCGACACCCGCAGCAGUGAAUGCGUAUCAAUCCAAACGAUGGGUCGGCACGCUGAGGCCUUUCUCCAUGCCCUUUCAAGGCACCGCAAAGACUGCUCUCGACGGCCUAUCAUCUUUAUUGCUCAUGAUCUAGGGGGAAUCAUUCUCAAGUGGGCACUAGUCAUCUGCCACAAUCAGAGUUUGGAAACACGAGGCAAUCUUCGAGACAUUAUAGUGUCUACCCAUGCAAUCCUCUUCUUCGGCGUCCCGCAUCAUGGCAUGGAAUACGAUCUUCUAGAGGCAAUCAAUCGCCUCGUGUCGCCGUAUAUAAAGACUGGAGAUGUGAUUCUCAAAAACCUUCAAUCCCAUUCCUCGGAGCUAGAGAACAUACAAAGUCUCUACGUCGAAGCCAGCAAAACGAUCGGCACUAUAUUCUUUUGUCCGGAAUAUGCGGAAAGCCAGAACGUGAAUACAUACGUCGUCCACUCUGUUGACGCUACCAGUUUGACAGACUUCCUUCAUGCCAAUCAUCGUGAUGUGGUCCGUUUUUCUACUACAAGCAGCGGUAACUAUCAAACUGUACUGUUUCAUCUCCGAAGCUCCUCGGAAAGUGCACCCAAGGCCGUGUAUAAGCAGUGGCUCCUCGAAGAUAAACUUCGCGAUGUAGCAAACGAAAAGAUCGCGAUCCUCCUACCAAAGCCCCUUCCACCUGUGUCAAGAGGCUAUGUCGACCGGACAAAAAUUCAGUCCCAGAUCACGCAGAUGUUGAUUCCUAGCACGUGUAUACACCAACCACGGUGUAUAUUACACGGAAUUGGCGGGGGUGGGAAAACUCAGCUGGCGGUGAACUGGAUUCGCGAGCACAAAACCAGGUUCACUCGAGUAAUUUUCGUCGAUGCUUCUAGUCAGUCGCAGCUAGAAGCAGAUAUGGAGCGAUCAAUUCGCUGUUUAGGCCCAGAGUACAGCAAUAUGACGUGGAGAGACGCAGUUAGGUAUCUGGACGGCGAAGAGAGAGGCUGGUUGCUGUUAGUCGAUGGAGCCGACUCGCCAGACCUCGACCUCCAUCCAUACCUCCCAGUCUCUACUCACGGUACACUCAUUAUCACCACGAGAAAUGGCGGUUCUGUCAAUUACGCUCCAGGUAGCGCCAUUCACGUCGGAGGUCUUGAGGAGAGCGAAGCAGUGAACCUGCUUCAUACAGUCGCAAACAUUUACCCCACGUCUGAUACUAAUUCUCUCGAGAUUGUCCGAGAACUAGGGAUGCUGGCGGUGGCAAUCACUCAGGCGGGAGCGUUUAUUCACCAGACGCAGCGGAUAGAUACUUACCUCGAGAUCCUUCAUCAACAUCGGUCACAACUGCCUAGCGAACCCGAUAGUGGAGAUGGACCUUUGACAUACGCUGCAUUCGACCUGUCUUUUCGCCAAUUGCCAGCAAAAGCACAGAAUUUCCUGAAGUUGUGCGCAUUCCUUCACAAAUCGCAGAUUCCGGUUCGCUUAUUUGAGGACUCGGCAAAGUCAGACUUCAUUACAUAUACAGUCCACGACUAUUUUCCUCCACCAAAGAGCGAAAAAGUCUUCACUUCAAGUAUUCAGGAGAUUUUAGGCUCGACCCAUGACGAGCUCCCGUUCCACGACGUUGUUGACGCCGCUUCUCGCGCGUCACUCAUUGAUAUUUCGGCGGAUGGAUUAUUUUACACCAUCCAGUCCCCUUUCCAGAUGUAUAUCAAAGAUCAUCUCGCCGAAAAUGAGGCUCAUCACUAUACGCACAUGAUGGUACAACUCUUGCUUGGUGCGAUCUGGCCAUUAGAUGAAAGCAAUGCGCGAUUUUGGCGCCUGCUCCCUCAUGCAGAUGCCAUUCCUAGAGCUGUUCAAGCGAACGACAUUGCCCAUGCUUUGGCAUUUUGCCAACUCUAUGACUCGUUGGGUAAGUGGGAAGCGUGUCGAGAGCUGUUGGAAAUUGCCCUUUCGCAGCUUCAGAAAACUCGGGAAGAGACGCAUGCAGAAUCGAUAUGGUUGAUGAGCAGGCUUGCCACUAUGCUCCUGCAUUGCAAUCGAUCCGAGGAAGCGGAACGAAUGCAACAAAGGAUACUUGCUUUGCAAGUCGAUAUUCUUGGACAACAGCACCCAGACACGAUCACUACAAUGAACGACCUUGCCAACACAUUGUACGUACGUGGUCGAUUACAGGACGCUGAAGAGCUGCAACGAGGGGUGCUCGCACUGCGCCUCAAGAUCCUUGGACAACGACAUGCGGACACAAUCCUGACAAUGAGCCACCUCGCCGCCACCCUACAUGCCCGCGGUCAAUGGGAUAAAGCAGAGACAAUGCAGCGCGAGGUACUCGAUCUUCGGCUCCAAAUCCUUGGAGAGCGGAAUCUCGACACUGUCAAGGCCAUGAGCGACCUCGCUGCUACACUCUCUGACAGCGAUCAACUUGACGAGGCGGUCGAAAUGGAACGGCGUGUCGUCGGUCUGCAAGGCGAUAUUGCCGGAAAACAACAUCCAAAUACUAUCAAGGCUAUGGGCGAAUUUGCAAAAAUCCUGCGCAAGCAUGGUCAACUCGACGAGGCCGAAGCGGUGCAACGAGAUAUAUCUGCACUGUCAUCGGGGCCUUCUGGACGAAAUCCUGCAAUGUAA